AUGCAUAACAUCUAUGCGGACAUUGGCACAGUGGAGGAGAUGGUCUACUCGGCCAUGGCCGGCUUCAACACCACCAUAUUCGCCUAUGGGCAGACCUCCUCUGGCAAGACGCACACCAUGCUGGGCCACGAGCAAGACCAGGGCACCAUCCCGCGCGUGGUGCACCAGAUGUUCGACUGCGUCGAGCAGACGCCCGACCGCGAGUACCUCAUCCGCGUCAGCUACAUGGAGAUCUACAAGGAGGUGGUAGCCGAUCUCCUGGCGGAGGGUGCUGGAACACCAAAGGGGCUGCGCAUCCACGAGGAUCCGCAGGGACAGGUGUACGUGUCGGAGCUGCGGGAGCUGUGCGUCAACACGCCAGAGAUGCUGCUGGGACUGAUGGGGCGUGGCGAGACGGCGCGCCAUUUCGGCGUCACCAACAUGAACGACCGCAGCUCGCGCAGCCACACCAUCUUCCGCAUCAUCAUCGAGUCCAGAGUCAGGGAUGAGGAGGGUGAGGAGGGCGCUGUGGUCGUCUCGCACCUGAACCUGGUGGACCUGGCCGGCUCGGAGCGCGGGCAGACAGGCGCCACUGGCGAGAGGUUCCGGGAGGGCUGCUCCAUCAACUCGUCGCUGUUCGAGCUCGGCAACGUCAUCAGCAAGCUGAGCGAGGGCGCGCCCUUCAUCAACUACCGCAACAGCAAGCUCACCCGCAUCCUGCAGACGUCGCUCGGGGGCAACGCCAAGACGGCCAUCAUCUGCACGGUGACGCCGGCGGCUGUGGAGGAGACCCACUCCACGCUACGGUUCGCCAGCCGCGCCAAGACCAUCAAGAACAAGCCGCACAUCAACGAGGUGGUGUCCGACUCGGCGCACCUGAAGCGGCUGAAGCGCGAGAUCCACGGACUGCGCGCGGAGCUGCAGCGCGAGAAGCAGACCAACCGCGCCACCGAGGUGGAGGAGAUGCAGCAGGCGCUGGCCGAGCAGAGCAAGCGCAACACCCAGCUGCAGGACCGGUUGCGCCAGCUGGUCGAGCAGCUGGUGGUGAGCUCGGCGCCCAAGCAGCAGCUGCCAGCCAAGGCGCAGAAGAGCAAGCGGCGGAUGACGUGGUGCGGCCGGCAGCGCGGCCGGCUGAGUCUGGCGCCGUUCCAGCUGCCGCCGCUGCUGCCACCUGUCGAGGAGCAGCCGAGGCUGCCCGACGACGAUCAGCCGUUUGCGCGCAAAUGA